UUUUGAGUUUGAGGAGUUUGAGUUCUGCAAGGAUCCGUGUGGGGCCACAGCCAGUUACUUUUCGAGAGAGAAAUAUAAUUGUGUCUUGAGCAAGAACGGCCUCGAUAGGUGGGAAGCUGAUAGUCAGUUACAGCAAGGAUCUGGAAAAUGGAGGGAGAAAACAGCAAGCCUCCACAGACCAGAAAUUCGCCGCCUCAGACUAUGGGCGAACCAUCCAGCUGCGGAGAAUCUGUUGUUGGCGACCCGCGUUCAGUCAAUAACAACAAAUCAGAGGCACCCGCUUCUGCUAGCUCUGAUACCUGUGAUGGCCAGGCGGCAAGUCGUGUGGCCAUGUCAGCCCCCGAAGAGAGUCACUCUAGUCCUGUGGAAAAUGGCAGUGUAAAUCGAACAAAAAGCAAUGGCUCGGGAGUUGUAUCGAGUGUGUCUGCUACAUCAAUGUCCAGUGGCACAACCACGCUUUCAGUGCGCGGCGAGGCGCUGCAGCUGUUCGGCCUUAAGGGCAUCACGCGGAGUAAAGUCGCGGAGGUCCUCGGCAGCCGUCCGUCCGCCCGCACGGAGGAGCUGGGCAAUGCCUACAUGGCGCUGUUCGACUUUGAAGGUGUGUCGGUGGUGGACGCACUGCGCGUGCUCCUGGAACGCUGCAGCAUAGCUGGCGAGACGCAGGCGCAGGCACGUAUCGUCGAGUUCUUUGCCCGGCGCUACGCCGAGUGCAACUCUUCCGUCGGCGAUGCAGAUGCAGUUCAUUCGCUCACAGCGGCAGUAAUGUUGCUCAACCAAGAUCUGCACGGCCAGAAUCUAGGAAAGAAAAUGACAUCGUCACAGUUUCUUAGCAACGUAGGGCUUUUGCGGGAUGGGAAGCCGCCGAUUCCUAAAUCUGCCGUCAAGGAGGUUUAUGCACAGAUCAAGUCUCGUCCCCUUGCAUUUGUUCACGACGAUGAUGAGCAGUCAAUUGCCAGCCAUCUUCACACCUCAUCCGAAGCUGUAGGCACAAUUGUUCUGCCAAACAGUGUUGUCGAGGUGAACUUGGACGAUUUCCCAACGGUGAUCAGAGAAGGGCUGCUGAAGAGAAAGAAUGUCGGCGGUGGUUUUGGCCACCGAAGCUGGUCCUUACGAUACUGUGUUGUGCGUGGUUUCAUCUUGCAUCUCUUCAAGAUGGACGGCAAGAGCGCACGGUCAGUUCCCAACUUUGCGGACAUGCAGUCGGCAGUGCUCUUGACGCAUGCUUUGGCCACGCCGGCUGUCAAGUAUCACAAGCGUCAGUACUGCCUGCAGUUGCUGGACAGUAAUGGUACCUAUCAUCUCUUCCAAGCGUCCAACUACGACGACCUCACCUCCUGGGUAAUUGCCAUCAACCGUGCCGCGGCCCUACACUCAACUAAGCCGCUGGCAGCUCCCAUUGGCUCAUGUGUAGACAGAUUUGAGCGCCCGCCAUUGCCCAAGCAUCCGAGCAAGGCUGCUCCCGAGGAGCAGUUGUCGUUCUAUCGGGAGAAAGUCGAUGAGCUAAUCAAGGACAUUGCCAUUGAACAGGAAGAUAGACCUUCACCAGCCAACAAGAAGAAGCAGCGCUUGUUCAAGGUGUGGGAGGCCAGGUGUGAAUACAUGAGCAGUGAACUGGUGCGCUAUCAGUCGUACGUUGAAGCCAUGACUCUGGACCAUGACUUUGCUCCGACCGCCAAGUAUGCCGGAGAGCUGCUAUCGCCCUCACACAGCGUGUCUUCAAUAAGCUCCAGUCACAGCGCCGCGUCGGUGCGCUCGAUGAACCGCAGCCGCUUCCAACGCACCACGCCCCAGUCAAGCAGCCUGGCCAGUACUGCGGAGCGCUCACAGUCCGCCAGUAACGUAGAGGCCAUCACCCCACCACCGGGCUCUGCCUCAUGCUCAGCCCUGGGAAAGACUGGUAGUCGUGACAGCUACCGAGAAGCUGUCAAUCAUGCACCGUAAAUACACAUUGACUAAGAGCGACCCACUAUAUUUUCCCAUUACCCUCAGAUCUACUACUGCCCUGUAUCACCUUACUCUCUCAUUCUACAACUCACCUCGUCUCUCUCUCUCUCUCUCAAAGUACGCAUGCACGCACCACACCAUUCAACUAUUUUCUUACGUAUUUGUGGGUUGCAUAAUGAGUUUUGUUGAUUUGCAAAUUAGCCAUGCAUCAUUGCCUGCUACAUGUCUAUGUUAGAUUUGCUAAGAAGAAUAUUUGCAGUGUUUUCAUAUUUUUAGUCAUAACUAUCCUGGAAAGAACGUACAAGACAUUAACAACCUGGGACCAGGCAUGCAGGGCAUCUGUGUUCACACCGUUCUUCUUUUCAGAACUCCUUUACAUAUGUUUGUUCUGGUGACACAUUGACUGGCGGUGCCGGCUAACACA